UGGGUGUGACGGGUAAAUUCCUCCGCUCUCCACCUCUCUUUUCUCUCUUCUGACUAUUGCUUUUCUUGGUUACACUCCGCCGCUACUAUGGAUUGAUUUUCAUCUUCUACUUUCAGUUUUUCUGUAUCUCAAAAACCCCCCAAAAUUUUGACCCCAGUUCGGCUGCCGAUUUUAGAUUUGAUGACUUGGAAAUCUUGAUAGGAGUGUUGGUGUUCUUAAGCAACUUAUUCCGUCGUCUUUUCGGCAUCGAAAAGACAAAAUCACCUACUUAGCAGUGAUUUACGAAGGAGAAGAUUGAUAAGAUCAAGAGGCUGGACAUCCCAGCUUCCAGAUAAUUGGUUUGACUGUUCGAGUAUUGUCGAGUAGAAGAUAGUUUUGGUAUAUGUCUAGGUGCCCUGAACUCCUUUUUUUUUUUUACGAUGAACUAGGUGCCCUGAAUUUUGUUGUAUGAAUACUGCUGUAUAUUAUCAGAAUGCAGAAAAAUUUAUAACAUGAAUUUGUAUCUGAUAUGCAAUAUAAAGCUUAAUGUACGGAUUGCUUUGUAUUGAAAUGGUUUGAUGAUUGUUGAUUUUGAUCAGAAGUACUAAAUUUGAAUGAUAGUAGAUUGUACGUAAUUUCUAUAAAAAUUGAAUUUGUUAAAUAUCUUAUAAAGACGGCUCUGCCCAUUCCAAGAAUUCACGGCUGGGAUUGGCAGAAGACUACAGAUUCAGUUUUACCAAAAUGGCUUCGAUGGGGGGACAAAAGAGGCGUGAAGCAUCGUCGUCUUCAGCAGCAAAACAGGAAGAUAAGCUGAUUGUGACUCCAUUAGGAGGUGGUAGCGAAGUUGGUCGCUCUUGCGUGUACAUGUCCUACAAAGGCAAAAAUGUCUUGUUUGAUUGCGGAAUCAAUCCCGCUUUCUCGGGCAUGGCUGCUUUGCCCUACUUUGAUGAGAUUGAUCCUUCCACAAUUGAUGUCCUUCUCAUAACCCAUUUUCACUUGGAUCAUGCUGCAUCCGUACCUUACUUCCUUGAGAAGACCACAUUCAAGGGCCGAGUCUUUAUGACUUAUGCAACAAAGGCUAUCUAUAGGUUGCUUUUGGCAGAUUAUAUGAAAGUGAGCAAAGUUUCAGUUGAAGAUAUGUUGUUUGAUGAGAAGGACAUAAAUGCUUCUAUGGAUAAAAUUGAGGUUAUUGAUUUCCACCAAACAGUAGAAGUUGAGGGCAUUCGGUUUUGGUGCUACACUGCAGGCCAUGUCCUUGGUGCUGCUAUGUUCAUGGUUGAUAUUGCCGGUGUUAGGGUCCUCUACACUGGAGAUUAUUCACGUGAAGAAGACCGACACCUCCAUGCUGCUGAGAUCCCACAGUUCUCCCCUGAUAUAUGCAUCAUUGAGUCCACAUUUGGUGUCCAGCACCAUCAACCUCGAAACGUCCGAGAGAAGCGAUUCACUGAAGCUAUACACACAGCAAUCUCUCGAGGGGGUCGCGUCUUAAUUCCUGCAUAUGCACUUGGCCGUGCCCAAGAACUUCUCCUGAUUCUUGAUGAGUAUUGGUCAAACCAUCCCGAGCUUCAUAAUAUUCCUAUAUAUUAUGCUUCCCCACUGGCAAAAAAAUGUUUGUCUGUUUAUGAGACGUACACCCUUUCAAUGAAUGAUAGGAUCCGCAAUGCCAAGUCAAAUCCCUUCAUCUUCAACAACAUAUCACCAUUAAACAGCAUUGAGAAUUUCAAAGAUGUGGGCCCCUCGGUGGUGAUGGCAAGCCCUGGUACUCUUCAAAGCGGGCUGUCAAGGCAGCUAUUUGAUAAGUGGUGCUCUGAUAAGAGAAAUGCGUGUGUGAUUCCGGGUUAUGUGAUUGAGGGGACACUUGCUAAGACAAUCAUGAAUGAACCGAAAGAGGUUACCCUUAUGAAUGGGCUUGCCGCUCCUCUCAACAUGUCAAUCCAUUACAUUUCAUUCGCUGCUCAUGCAGAUUCUGUUCAGACAUGUGCAUUUUUGGAGGAGCUGAGGCCUCCUAACAUAAUCCUUGUUCAUGGAGAAGCUCAUGAGAUGGGAAGGCUGAAAGAGAAGCUCAUGACUCAAUUUCGUGAUCGCAACACAAAAAUCCUCACACCAAAGAAUUGUCAGUCUGUUGAAAUGUAUUUUAACUCGCAGAAAAUGGCUAAAGCUAUUGGAAGGCUUGCCGAGAGAACCCCGGAAGUUGGUGAAACAGUCAGCGGUUUAGUGGUUAAAAAAGGCUUCAGUUAUCAGAUAAUGGCCUCUGAAGAUCUUCAUGUUUUCUCGCAGCUGUCCACGACAAAUGUCACUCAACGUAUUACUAUCCCGUAUACUACUGGCUUCAUGGUGAUAAGACAUCGGCUGAGGCAAAUGUAUGAGAGCGUAGAAUCUUCUGUGGAUGAGGAAUCUGGAGUGCCGAUGUUGCGAGUGCAUGAUCGAGUGACUGUGAGGCAGGAUACAGAUAAACAUGUUUCACUGCAUUGGAUGUCAGAUCCUAUAAGUGACAUGGUGUCAGACUCCAUUGUGGCUCUAAUUUUGAAUAUCAACAGGGAAGUCCCCAAGGUAGUCAUUGAAUCGGAAGAUAUAACAACAGAGGAAGAGAAUGGGAGGAAGACGGACAAGGUCAUUCGUGCACUUCUUGUAUCACUCUUUGGGGAUGUGAAGCCUGGAGAAAAUGGGAAGUUGGUGAUCAGUGUUGAUGGAAAUGUGGCACAGCUUGAUAAACAGAGUGGGGACGUUGAGAGUGAAAAUGAAGGCCUCAAGGAAAGAGUAAAGACAGCAUUUCGUCGAAUCCAAAGUGCGGUGAAGCCAAUUCCUCUUUCUUCAUCUUAGCUGCUUUGGUGUAGGGUUUCAAUAUCCUUGUUUCUGUAUGAGUAAUUUUCAGUGUUGUAAGCAACAGAGGAAUUUCCAUUAGUAACUCUAGUGUCUAGUUUUUGGCAAAUGCAGUGACCGUUUCCUUCA